AUUGACGCAGUGGCGUAAUCUUUUGCGGUCUAUCGGUUGCUUUGCGAUUCUUUCACGUAAACGGUAACGUAAAAUGGCGAAUUGGAAUUGUUAUUUACUUGCGCGAACUAUAACGAAAUAACUAGAAUACAAUCUAAGGAAUAUUUACUGCUGCCGAAUUCGGGAUUGUGUAUUUAUUUCUUCUUCCACGAACAACUGUUUUAUUGUGCAGAUACUAAUUCAUCGUUCUACAGAUAUGAUACUGAUGGACUGGUGUAAUUUGGCGUAGUAGUGACAUUGAUUCAUUUGAUCUACAUUGAUUGACAAAAAAUCAUAUUUGCAAGCAUUUAAGUCUUAAAUACUAUGGCACAAUAUUAUAAUUUCGUGACCAAUGCCAGUGGUACAUUAACACUUGAAGAAGUACAGAGAAUUUGCUCUGUUGAGGGACAAAGUGUACAAUUAGUUGUUGAAGACAUAAAUAAUGGUGGUAAUGGUUCUCAACAAUUUUUGGCUUAUACCACUGCACCACAAAACAGCGGGCAAGCGAUAUUUUCACAGCAAAUUAAUUUAGGGAGUCAAAUUUCUGCAACACAAUUGGAUCAAGGACAAAACGUUUUUAUAAUCAAAACAAAUUCAAAUGAAUUAACUUCACCCCAAGGUGUAUUAAAAGCUACGACAGUAAAUGAUAAUACUGUAGGAGGGAACAUUGUAAACAUUGUGGAUAAUAAAGGUUCCAAAACAUUUAUAGGUUGUAAUAAUGAUGGACAACAAAUACAAUGGAUAAAAAUGCAAGAAAAUAGUAUUAAUGUAAAUGCAAUUUCAAAACAGAAUGCAUUGAUAUCAGAAAAAAUUCAAACUGGCAAUUUAAAUGAAAAUCAAAAUAAUACUUCUUCACAAAAUCUUCUACAUGGACUUUGUGAAUUAUCUUCAUCGAAUACUGAAAUUGUAAAAAGAAAACCACUUAAAUCAUACCAAAACAGAAAUCGAUUAUCAACAAAUAGUGUACAAAUAGGAACAUCAUCUAUUGACAGGGUGAAUGUAACAAAUAACAUUGGAAAUCAAAUACCAAACGCUAAUGCGUCUAUCAGAGCAUCUACACCAUUUUGUAAUAAAACAAUUAGUCCCAUUGGACAGAAUGUGACACAAAUUUCUACACAAGUACAUUCUCCUUUGAGUAAAGUUCAUAGUAGACCUCAAGCUCCUACCUUGCCAAAAAGUUCCUUAAAAGUGCAACAGCCUAAAAUGGAACAAACAAGAUUAAAACAAAUGCAAAAUCAAAGACAGGUACAAAAUGAUCAAAGAUUACAAGGAAAUAAUAUGCAGAGAUUAUCAAAUAUUGCUUCACAACCAGUGCAAAGUUCAUUAAAUAAUCCACGGCAACAAACAACUACAAAUUCAGUACAACAGAAACAAAUGUCAUCUUCAUCACAAUUACAAUUUCAGAAACAAACCACACCGCAAAAAUCUCAGUAUGAACAAUCACCACUUUCACCUCCAUCUCAAAAUAUGCUUAAUGCUAUGGAUGUUGAAUCUCUGGAAUCUUCAUCACUCAGUGAAAAAGAUCCAAUAAAUCAACAAAGUUUUCCUUCACAAACUGAUUCAGAAAAUGGUUCUACUGAAAGUAUCGCUUAUCUUGAAAAAGUUAUUCAUAAUCCAACAAAUACUAAAGUUCAACCUCAGAUACAAGGAAAUACUGCAAAAAUGUUAGUUAUGCUUUCGAAUGGUGAACAGAGAUUAAUUACAUUUGACAUACCUAACGAAGAUUGUACAGUUCAAGAUUUACUGGAACAGGCAAAUAUUGUAUUUUGUGGAAAAACAAGUGUUUCUUUAGUUUCCGAUCCUAUGUUGGGUAUCAAUUACAUUGUAGAAGCUGGGCCUGGUGCAGUUGCUUCAUAUGAUAUGAGUGAAAAUGAUAGUUCUCAAGAUAGUGCAAAUACUAAUUUAGACAAUUCUCAUAGUUCGCCAGAUGAGAAUAGUAAUCCUGUACAACAAAAUGAGGAACCUAUAUAUAUUGAAGGAAUGUUGGCUGUCUGUUCCCAUUGUGGUAUCAGUUCUAUUGACUUUAAUCGAUGUCUAAGAUGUAAAAGAAAAUUACCCAAAGAUGUGAAAUCUAUAUCAAUGACAAUGGGUAUGCAAGAAAAGAAAGAAACAAUGCUAACUAUUGACACCUUUUACAAGAAAAAUAACGAACGAAAUUCAUCGGCAAAAUUAGAGAAAUUAGAGCGAGAUGGGUCUGUGUAUAAACGUGGAAGAGGAAGAGGAAGAGGCGGCGUUUCAAGACCAAGGCCUAUUCAUAAAGAGCCAGAGUGUCUGACAAUAUCAUCUGACGAAGAGGAGGAAGGCAAAAUUAAAAGAUCGGACGGUUCUAGUAACAAUAUAUUUUCAAACGACGCAAGUAAUAAUUUUAGUGAAGAAAUGGAAACCAUUCUUGAGAAGGAACCAGUAAUUACGAACAAUUCUAUUUCUAGCAUGAGUUCUGAUUAUGCUAUGGAGAGUGAAGAUAUUAAAGAUAAUUCUCUUCAAUCUCCACAUACUUCUUUGUUGUGUCGAACAGUAAGGAUAGGAUCUUAUAAAUAUGUUCCUCGAGAGAGAGUCAUAAUCUCGCAAACUGGAGUAAGAUUUGGUGUACCCCUAUUAGAAGAUGACAAAACUUUUGUAGCAUUAGAAGUUAAAAUCCAAGAUAUAGUAAAAGUGCUAAUUCAUUUUGGCAAAGCAAUGCCAGUGCUUUUCUUUUAUACAUCUACUAAUACUGGAGCUAUGAUUCGCGAAUUAUUAGGAAUGCAGGAUCCAAAAGGGCCAUAUUAUGAUCCUGCUGGGAAAGAUCAUACACAUAAACGGAUAACUUUACUACCAGAGAAAUUAUCCGAAGAAUCAAAAGUUGUGCUAAAAUCUUUGUUUUCGCGAAGACGCUUGUUAGAAGAAUUAAGCUCAAAAGAGGCAAAUGAUAUCCUUGUACGAGCAUCGCCGAAAGAUAAGCUAAAAGUACAAAGCUCAUCUAGAAAAGAAAAUCAAACUGGAACAACAACUAAUUCGAAUGUCAAUGGCGGUAUACAGACAAUAACUGUAUAUCCUCCACCACCUGCAAAAGGUGGUAUAGCGAUUAAUACUGAAGAUUAUUUAUGUCUUGGGGAGGAUCAGUUUUUAAACGAUGUAAUUAUAGACUUCUAUCUAAAAUAUUUGACACUGGAGGUGUUAUCAGAAUCUGAUCAACAUAGAACUCAUGUAUUCAGUUCAUAUUUUUAUAAACGAUUAACAAGUCCACAUGCUCAAGCAGGUGAAAGUAAUGUACCUCUUUCACCAGCUGCCAAGAGACAUGCAAGAGUACAAAAGUGGACGAAAAACGUUAACAUAUUUGAAAAAGAUUUCAUUAUAAUUCCUAUAAAUGAACAUGCCCAUUGGUUUUUGGCUAUUAUUUGUUUCCCUGGUUUGGUGGGUAAAGUUUUUGCACAGCCAAAACGAUGUGAUGAAAAUGAUGUUCGCAAGACUGUACAAAAAAGUAAAAAAUUAAAGGAAGUAAAACUACAAGCUGUCACGAUUGGAAGUACAACUCUCAAACCAGUGACAACUACUGUGACUAUAGAUCAAGGUGAUGAUGGUUCAGAAAGAGAUGAAGCUGAAGGUGAUGAUGAAGAAAUGGAGAUGGAUAGCGAAGAUGAUGAUGAAUCAGAAAAUGCAGAAAAUAAAGGUUUAUCUCCGAAUGUCGAACCAAAUGUACAGCAGGAGAAAGAGACUAUAAAAGUACCCUGCAUAUUAAUAUUUGACUCUCUUGCGGGGGCAAGUAGAGCACGUGUAGUAGCUACAUUAAGAGAUUACUUAAGCUGUGAGUAUGUUGCAAAAAUGGGAAAUGAGAAAGUGUUUUCGAAAGAUACUAUUAAAGGAGCAUCGUUGAAAGUUCCUCAGCAAUCGAAUUUCACUGAUUGCGGAUUAUAUGUAUUACAAUACGUAGAGAGCUUCUUUAAAAAUCCCAUUAAAGAUUAUACGUUGCCAAUAAAGACACUGAAAAAUUGGUUUGAGGAAAUAGUAGUAACAAGGAAAAGGGAAGAACUCUCUAAACUAUUGAUUAACUUAAUGAUUGCAGGAAAAGGAGAUAGAAACAUAACAAUACCAACUGUAAAUUUUCCCACACAAGAUGGUAAACUAAAAACUAAGGCUGAGAACCAGGUUGAUAUAAAAUCUGUGAAAACAGAUAUUGAAGAUAAGAAAAAGCCUAUAUUAGAUGGGGAAAAUCGUAUUAGUAAUAAUAUGCCAAAUCAAACAGAAAAUACAGAACCAACUACUGAGGUAGUUAGUAGAACUACAUACCAGAUCAUUCCGUAUUCUCCAUGUACAAGUUCUAGUUCAUCCGAAAGUAAUUCAACAGAAAUGUUUACUGAGACUAAGACUCCACAUCCAAGAUCAUCAAGCGAAACAAUGUCCUACUUAAAGUCAAAACGGAUUUCCAGGUUAAUGAUAAAAACUGAGAAUCAAGAUGAUUCUCAAGCGGCCAAAAAGCACAAAGGAGAGUCAUUUGAUUCUUGUAAAUAAAUGUUACUUUCUUUUUUAUAAUGAUAAAGUUAGUCCACACUCAUAAAUAAACAUGAAAUCAUUUACCUAUGUAAUAAAUGUAGUUAAUACUUCAUAAAACGAAUAAAAACAUCCAAUCAUAACUGUA